AUGGACGUAUAUGUCCAGAUCACGGGUCUGGACUCAGGAAAAACACGCGGAGUCAAGGCGCUGCUUGAUAGUGGCUGCAGUACCUGCUGCAUCGAUACCGACUAUGCACGAUCAGAGAAACUGGAUAUCCAAGAACUCCUGCAACCCAUUGUAGCCCGUAACGCUGACAACACCGAAAACAUCAGUGGUCAGAUCACGCAUUACGUUGACUUAAGGAUGAGAAUCGGCCCUCAUGUGGAGACAUGCAUGUUCCUUCUGACGUGUCUAGGGAAAGCUUGGAUCUUCAUCGGUCUUGACUGGCUGACGGAAGAUAACCCCGAGGUGGACUGGCAGGAGCAGACAAUGAGGUUCAGCCAAUGCCCAGAGCAGUGUCACAUGAGGGGUCACAAGGAGCACCAAGCAAUGAUCGACAUGGAUGCAAUCGACCUGGACACGGGCGCAGCGGAUCUGGAAGAAGGAGAAUCGAUCCUAUUGACCGACUUUGGGAAGGAAGUGGAUCUGCAGCUGAAGGAAACGCCUGCACAGAAGUUUGCAGAAAAAGCGGAAAAGGAGAAGGAGAGGAUGACCAAGGGAAAGAUUCCGACUCAAUAUCGGGAAUUUGUCAGAGUAUUCGCCAAGGAAUCAUUCAACUUGCUACCAGACCGACGGACAUGGGAUCAUGCAAUCGAGCUCAAACCUGGUUCCAAAGCAGUGGACUGCAAGGUGUACCCGUUAUCACGAAAUGAACAGGUCAAACUCGACGAGUUCUUACAAGAGAACCUAGCCAGCGGACGGAUCAGGCCAUCAAAAUCACCCAUGGCAUCAGCAUUCUUCUUUGUCAAAAAGAAAGAUGGCUCGUUACGCCCCGUCCAAGAUUACCGGAAGCUGAAUGAGAUGACAAUCCGAAAUCGGUACCCGCUACCGCUAAUCUCCGAAUUGGUCCACAACCUGUGCGGUGCCAAGUUCUUCACCAAGCUUGACAUCUGA